AUGACUCAUUCAGCUUCAUCUUUUGAUCCUUACUCUUGGAAGAAUUUUUAUUUUCGUAUUGGUCGAGAAGAGGCAAAUCGUUUACUUUGUGCUGACCAACCGUUAGGUACUUUUCUUAUACGUGACUCAACGACUCCAGGAAGUUAUGCCUUAAGUGUGAGGGAGGACCUUACUGGUGACCAGCAGGUGCGUCACUAUUUAAUAGAGCCAAGAGAGCUAGAAAAUGGGAAAAUGGUUGUGGAGAUUGCAGGGCAGCCUUUCGUUGAUAUCCCAACACUGUUAAACCAUUUUAAAAUGAGGAUUCUUGGCAAUGUGAGUUUGGUGCGUCCUCUACCGAAACCCAUGGUUGCCCUAUUUGAGUUCAAGGGGGAGCGGUCUUCUGAUCUCCCUUUUCAAAGAAAUGAUGUUCUCGAAAUAAUUGGUAAACCUGAAGAGGGAUGGUGGGAAGCACGCAAUGCUUUGGGUGCAACUGGUUCAGUUCCUAUUAAUUACCUGGUACAUUUUGAUGAUGUCCCAAGAGGGGCAAACAGUCCUGCUACAUCGUCUGUUUCUUCAGAAAACCGCCUUAGUGGUACUUCUGCUAUCAGCGAUAACGGUGAUGCAUCAACAGCUGGUGAAACAUUAGUAAAGGAGUUACACUUCCCUUGUAUGGCCCGUGUUAUUCUUGACCGACGGCCUAACGCUUAUGAUAAAGAUGCUUUACGGCUCAAGAAAGGGGAUGUGAUUGAAGUAACAAAACUUCUUCCAUCUGGAAUGUGCGAAGGGUCACUCAGGGGAAAGAAAGGAACUUUUCCUUUUACUUAUGUCGAGUUUGGUGAUAAUGCAGCAGUUGCUCCCAAUUUGAACUGAAU